AUGACAAACUGCGCAGAGAACCGAAAGGUCUACUCCGAAGUCUUCAACAGGACCUUCAAAGUGCAGGCCGAGUUGGAUGCUUGGCUGGUGAAUACCAUGGUUGAAGGCCUGAAAGGGGUAACCAACAAAGACAAUAAGGUGAACAUAGCCGAAGUGAUCAAAGAGGUGAGCAAAGCUUUCCAAGCCGGAGACCAUGCAGAAGAGGCAGAGGGAAUCCGCAAGAUUGAAGCUUGUUUGGAUCACAAGGGAGAGCAAGACCUCUCACAGCUGUUGCUUCGAGCACAGGAAGCGGAAGCCGUGAAUGCUAGACGAUUGGCCCAGGAUGAGACUUUCUUCAAGAACCUUGCCCAAAACCUUCGAAGUGGUGUCAACGACCACUUGGACAGAACAUGCUCCUAUGUGGGUUGUCCUGACAAGAGCGAUGAGGAGUCUCAAUCCGACAACGAGGUGACACAUCGUUCCUCCAAGUAG